AUGGACUCCACCGCCUGCUUGAAGUCCUUGCUCCUGAGCAUCAGUCAGUACAAGGCCGUUAAGUCGGAGGCGAAUGCCACCCAGCUCCUCAGGCACUUGGAGGUAGUUUCUGGACAAAAGCUGACACGACUGUUUACAUCACAUCAGAUAUUGCCAAGUGAAUGUUUGAGUUGCCUUGUAGAACUUCUUGAAGACCCAAACAUAAGUGCUUCACUGAUCUUAAGUAUUAUCAGUUUGCUGUCUCAACUGGCUGUAGAUACUGAAACCAGAGACUGUCUUCAGAGUAUUUACAAUCUGAACAGUGUGCUGGCAGGAGUGGUGUGUCGGAACAGCACUUGCCACAAUGACUCAGUGUUUUUACAGUGCAUUCAACUCCUGCAGAGGUUAACAUAUAAUGUCAAAUUUUUCCAUUCUGGUGCCCAUAUAGACGACUUAAUUACAUUCCUGAUUGGUCAUAUCCAAUCUUCUGAAGAUGAGUUGACAAUGCCUUGUCUAGGACUAUUGGCAAAUCUUUGUCGGCACAAUCUUUCUGUUCAAACACAAAUAAAAACUUUGAGUAAUGUAAAAUCCUUUUAUCGAACUCUCAUAAGCUUCCUAGCACACAGCAGUUUGACUGUGGUUGUGUUUGCACUUUCAAUAUUAUCCAGUUUGACGCUAAAUGAAGAAGUGGGGGAAAAGCUGUUUCAUGCUCGAAACAUUCAUCAGACUUUCCAACUGAUAUUUAACAUUCUCAUAAAUGGUGAUGGUACCCUAACAAGAAAGUACUCAGUCGACCUACUCAUGGAUCUCCUUAAAAAUCCUAAAGUUGCUGAUUAUCUUACCAGGUAUGAACACUUCUCUUCAUGUCUUAAUCAAGUACUAGGGCUCCUAAAUGCGAAAGACCCUGAUUCUUCUUCAAAGGUUUUAGAAUUACUUCUUGCAUUCUGUGCAGUGGCUCAGCUGCGCCAUGUACUCAGUCAGAUGAUGUUUGAACAGUCUCCAUCUGGCAACAACAUUCUGGGAAGUCGUCCUAAGAGCUUAGAACCCACUGUGGCUCUACUUCGUUGGUUAAGCCAACCUUUGGAUGGAUCUGAAAACUGUUCUGUUUUAGCACUGGAGCUGUUCAAGGAAAUCUUUGAGGAUGUCAUUGAUGCUGGUAACUGUUCCUCAGCUGACCGUUUUGUGACCCUUCUGCUUCCUACAAUCCUUGAUCAGCUUCAGUUCACUGAACAAAAUCUUGAUGAGGCCUUAAUAAGAAAAAAAUGUGAAAGGAUGGUCAAAGCCAUUGAAAUUUUAUUAACUCUGUGUGGAGAUGACACUCUGAAAAUGCACAUUGUAAAAGUAUUGACCACUAUAAAGUGUACCACGCUGAUAGAACAACAGUUUACAUAUGGCAAGAUUGACCUGGGAUUUGGAACAAAGGUGGCAGAUUCUGAAUUGUGCAAACUUGCCGCUGACGUAAUUUUGAAGACUCUUAAUUUGAUGAACAAACUAAAACAAUUAGUUCCUGGUAUGGAAGUAAGCUUCUACAAAAUCCUUCAGGAUCCACGUUUGAUUACUCCUUUGGCUUUUGCUUUAACAUCAGAUAAUAGAGAACAAGUACAAUCUGGAUUGGGAAUAUUGCUGGAAGCUGCUCCACUGCCAGAUUUCCCUGCCUUAGUACUUGGAGAAAGUAUAGCAGCAAACAAUAUAUACAGACAGCAAGAAACCGAGCAUCUGCCCAGGAAAAUGUCUUUGCAGCCUUUAAAUCACUAUUUUCCAGCAUCAGCAAAGUGCUUAACACCACCUCUUUCAAAAGAUAAUGCUCCUUUGAACAUUGAGGAGCUAAUAGAAAAACUUCAGGCCGGAGUGAUGGUGAAGGAUCAGAUUAAUGAUAUAAGAAUAUCUGACAUAAUGGAUGUUUAUGAGAUGAAACUUUCCACAUUGGCUUCGAAAGAGAGCAGGUUACAAGAUCUCCUGGAAGCAAAAGCCUUGGCUCUUGCACAGGCUGACAGACUGAUCGCUCAGUAUCGCUGUCAAAGAACUCAAGCAGAGACCGAGGCACGAACUCUUGCGGGUAUGUUAAGAGAGGUUGAGAGAAAAAACGAAGAGCUUAGUGUGUUGCUGAAGUCACAACAGCUGGAAUCUGAAAGAGCCCAGAGUGAUAUUGAGCAUCUCUUUCAACACAGUAAGAAGUUAGAAUCUGUGGCUGAAGAACAUGAAAUAUUGACAAAGUCCUAUAUGGAACUUGUUCAGAGAAAUGAGACUACUGAAAAGAAGAACACCGACUUACAGACUACUCGUGAGUCCCUGAACAAACAGAUUGAGACAAUGAAAAAGCUGAACGAAACACUCAAGCAACAAAAUGAAAAAACUAUUGCUCAGUUGAUGGAGAAAGAAGAACAGAGAAAAGAAGUCCAGAGCCAGUUAGUAGACAGAGAAUGUAAAUUAUCACAUUUGCAUAAAAAAGCAAAGUCCCAAGAAGAAAAGAUUAAUGUUUUACAAAAGGAAAAGGAAGAUAAGCAGGAAACCAUUGAUAUCCUUAGGAAAGAAUUAAGCAGAACAGAACAGAUAAGAAAAGAGUUGAGUAUUAAGGCUUCCUCCCUAGAAGUGCAGAAGGCUCAAUUAGAAGGUCGUUUGGAAGAGAAGGAGUCUUUGGUGAAACUUCAGCAAGAUGAGUUGAACAAACAUUCUCACAUGAUAGCAAUGAUCCACAGUUUAAGUGGUGGAAAACUAAGCCCAGAAACUGUGAAUCUCAGUAUAUAA